GUCAUUAAUACCCUCUGACUCUCAAUGAGAUAGGAAGGUUUGAGGGAAGUACUGUUUCUUUCCUAGGAAGACACUCCAGCCUACCUCCCUUUUUGACAAAAUUCCUGACUUUUUGGAAAGCUUUUCCUUAGCUAUAAAUUCCACUCCUGCUCUUACUUCCAAAUUUUGGGGGCAGUGGAGCAAGAACUCUACCUGAGCCUCUCAGCUAAGCCCAGCCAGAUACCCUUUCCUACCUAGAGUGGACUUUCUCAUGUAACCGAGCAUCUCCCUCUGGGCCUUCAGGCCUGUGAAGGGUUAAGUGAGCCACACCCUUAACAGGAACAGCCUCGGACUUUGUGCUGAGCAGCCGUCUCUGGCCUCUCUUGGCUUGACUGGCACAGGGAGCCUGAGCUGGAGGAGGCAGCACAGUGGAAGGUCAGAAGAGUGGACACUGGCAAGAGGAGGGCAACCUCUUUCCUGGCCUGCCCGACACCAUGGACAGCUCCCAAUAACGAAGGCAUCUCUCCACCCUUGGUGCCUUGGAACUCCUAUGCCCCCUUCCUGUCAAAUUGGGAUUUCAUCCACCAUUUUACAAGGGACACUGAAGUUACACCCUAGUUUGUUCCAGUGUUGGGUGAGUCUUGCCUUGACCUGUCCCUGUUCUGCAUCUUUUGGGGUGCCCUAUCUGGGAGCUGCUUUGUUUUUCCCUUUCUCACCUCCAACCAAUCACAUUCCCACUCCCCUCAAAUCCAAAUCCAAAGAAGAUGGCUUCUUCCAGCCCUAUUUCUGUUUCUCACCCUUGCCUGCCAAGUUACUUAAAAGUUUAACUUCUGUUUUUUAAUCUGGAGCAUGUGGAAUAGUAAUAGUUUCUACUUUGUGAGGAUACUGUUUGUAAGCAUCAAAUGAAUUAGUAUAUGUAGUGUUUAGAGCUCUGCCUGGCCCAUGGCACCUGAUUGUUUGCGAUUGCUACUGUCAGUAUUCUUAUUGCUUCCUCAGUUGUGUCCUUCCAGGAAGUGACAAGUGCUCUCAUUUUCUGGAACUUGGGGGAGGCAUAGUGAAGGCUGAAGGCAGCCUGUGUUCCCCUCUUGCCCCACCUUCAGUUCCUGCUUCCCUCCCCUCCCCCGCCCAGGUUCAGCAUUGCUGGAGACUAGGAGGAUGUGGCUCUUUUAUUCCUGUUAGGGAGUAGCCCUGACCAUUGUACUAAUAAUUCUGUCCUGCUCCAGGCCACCCCACCUACUCGGUCCCACAGGCAAGACUGAGUAGGGCUGGGCUUCCUCCUUCGGUUACACCUGCCAUGUGCCCACUGCGCAGGGGAUGAGCCCCACAAUAACUCUGUUCCUCCUUGCCCACUCCCACCAGCUGCUAAAAAGCUGGGUGUGUCCCUAUGGGGCAAAGUCCGUGCCGGAAGGUUACAGCAAUGGGUAUAAAAACUGGAGAUAGAAAAAUAGAUACAUCCAGAGAUCCUGACAGCUACUUGAUGUUGGAGAAACCAAACUUUUAUUCUCUUCAGGGUAUUCUAAUCUUUUAUGGAGGAACUUCUGCCUCUGUUCCUCUAACUCAUCAACUUAUCCCAUUUAAAAGAUGAAUCUUGAUGUGGCAAUGAGAGGGAUCUUUGGAAGAGCUUUUGCAAUGGUUCUGGGUGGACUGGGUGACUGAAAUAGAAGCUGUGAGAGAUAGAGAGUUGAGAAGGAGAACUGGGGGCAGAGGGUCAGGGAGUCUGGACCCUGGCCAGGGCCUCAGCGCAGGACAGAGCAAGUUUUCAGAGUUAACCUUUCCUCUCCAGCCCUCUCUCCUGCAAGCACAACUGUGCUUCCCCAGGUGCUACCUGCUGGGUGCCUUCCUUACCCUGGUCAAAGGCAGAUGGUCCUGUCCCACCCCUGCCCCUCCCCGCUGGGGAGAGUUUCUGCAGCCUCCCACAGUUAGCUUUGACUAGUCCAGAGGACCCCUAGAUUGAGGAUUGUCUCUAGGGCCCAGAGUUGGAGAAGGCUCUUUAAGUCCUUCUGCCCUCCUUACACACCCCUGCCCCCCCCCCCCCCACACACACACAGUUACUGGCCCCUAAAGCAGAGCAGACUUCAGCGAACUGACCUCCUUACUCCCAGGACCAGCAGAACCUCUGGACAUGACUCUCAUGGAAGACUCUGUGGGGGUGGGGGACCUUGUGCUCCUGGAACCCCUGGAGGAGGAGCCUCUGCUCAAGAACCUCCAGCUGCGCUAUGAAAACAAGGAGAUUUAUACCUACAUUGGGAAUGUGUUGAUCUCCAUGAAUCCCUACCAGCAGCUGCCCAUCUAUGGUCCAGAGUUCAUUGCCAAAUACCGGGACUAUACCUUCUAUGAGCUGAAGCCCCAUAUCUAUGCUUUGGCAAAUGUGGCAUACCAGUCACUGAGGGACCGGGACCGAGACCAGUGUAUCCUCAUAACGGGCGAGAGCGGAGCCGGCAAGACUGGUGAGGUGCCUGGCUUGGGGAGGCUGUGCAGUCACUGCUGGAACCACCCCCUCAUCUCUUUCCGAGCCAGACCUGGUCUUGCCCCACCCCAGAAAUUCCUUCCCACUUUUUCUGAUUCUGAGGGGUAUGGUGCUGGAAUGACAGGAGUUAAGGAGAGUGGUGGGGAUCCAUGUGAAGGUUUCUCUUGCACAGAGGCCAGUAAGCUGGUGAUGUCUUAUGUGGCGGCUGUCUGUGGGAAAGGGGAGCAGGUGAACUCUGUGAAGGAGCAACUGCUUCAGUCAAACCCGGUGCUGGAGGCUUUUGGCAAUGCCAAGACCAUUCGCAACAACAACUCCUCUCGAUUUGGAAAAUACAUGGAUAUUGAGUUUGACUUCAAAGGAUCGCCCCUUGGUGGAGUCAUCACAAACUACCUGCUUGAGAAAUCCCGAGUGGUGAAGCAGCUCGAAGGAGAAAGGAACUUCCACAUCUUCUAUCAGCUACUGGCCGGAGCAGAUGCACACCUGCUGGAGGCCCUGAAGCUCGAGCGGGACACAAGUCAUUAUGCCUAUCUGAACCAGAAAGUGUCUAGAGUUGACGGCAUGGACGAUGCCUCCAACUUCAAGUCUGUACAGAAUGCAAUGACUGUGAUUGGGUUCUCGGAGGUAGAGAUUCAACAGGUGCUAGAGGUGACGGCCCUGGUGCUGAAGCUGGGGAACGUGGAGCUAGCAGAUGAGUCCCAGGCCAAUGGGACAUCAGCAAGUGGCAUCCGUGAUGGGAGAGGAGUCCAGGAGAUUGGGAAAAUGAUAGGUUUGAAUUCAGAGGAACUAGAGAAAGCUUUGUGCUCAAGGACCAUGAAAACAGCCAAAGAGGAGGUGGUCACUACACUGAACUUCACCCAGGCUCAGUAUGCUCGGGAUGCUCUGGCUAAGAACAUCUACAGCCGCCUUUUCAACUGGAUAGUGAAUCGAAUCAAUGAGAGUAUCAAGGUGGGCAGCGGGGAGAAAAAGAAGGUAAUGGGGGUCCUGGAUAUCUACGGCUUUGAAAUUUUAGAGGACAAUAGCUUUGAGCAGUUUGUGAUCAACUACUGCAAUGAGAAGCUGCAGCAGGUGUUCAUCGAGAUGACGCUGAAAGAGGAGCAGGAGGAAUAUAAGAGAGAGGGCAUACCGUGGACAAAGGUGGACUACUUUGAUAAUGGCAUUAUCUGUAACCUCAUUGAGCACAAUCAGCAAGGCAUCCUGGCCAUGCUGGAUGAGGAGUGCCUACGGCCUGGGGUGGUCAGUGACUCCACCUUCCUAGCGAAGCUGAACCAGGUCUUCUCCAAGCAUGGUUACUAUGAGAGCAAAGUCACCCAGAAUGCCCAGCGCCAGUAUGACCACACCAUGGGCCUCAGCUGCUUUCGCAUCUGCCACUAUGCGGGCAAGGUGACUUACAACGUGAACGGCUUCAUUGAUAAGAACAAUGACCUACUCUUCCGGGACUUGUCCCAGGCCAUGUGGAAGGCCCAGCACCCCCUCCUUCAGUCCUUGUUCCCUGAAGGAGUUCCCACACAGACAUCUCUCAAGCGCCCCCCAACUGCUGGAGCCCAAUUCAAGAGUUCUGUGGCCAUACUCAUGAAGAACUUAUAUUCCAAAAACCCCAACUACAUCAGGUGUAUAAAGCCCAAUGAGCAUCAGCAGCGAGGUCAGUUCUCGUCAGAGCUGGUGGCCGUCCAGACUCGGUACCUGGGACUGCUAGAGAAUGUGCGGGUGCGUCGGGCGGGCUAUGCCUACCGCCAGAGGUAUGGGCCCUUCCUGGAAAGGUACCGAUUGUUGGGGCGGAGCACGUGGCCUCGCUGGAAUGGGGGAGACAGGGAGGGAGUUGAGAAGGUCCUGGGGGAGCUGAGCUUGUCCUCAGAGGAGCUGGCCUUUGGGAAGACGAAGAUCUUCAUCAGAAGCCCUAAGACUCUGUUCUACCUGGAAGAGAAGCGGCGCCUGAGACUGCAGCAGCUGGCCACGCUCAUUCAGAAGAUCUACCGGGGCUGGCGCUGCCGCACCCACUACCAGCUGAUGCGCAAGAGUCAGAUCCUCAUUUCCUCCUGGUUUCGAGGCAACAUGCAAAGGAAGCGCUAUGGGAAGAUAAAGGCAUCAGUGGUGCUGAUCCAGGCUUUUGUGAGAGGGUGGAAGGCCCGCAAGGAUUAUCGAAAAUACUUCCGGUCGGGGGCUGCCCUCACCUUGGCAGAUUUCAUCUAUAAGAGCAUAACGCAGAAGUUCCUGCUGGGGCUGAGGAACAAUUUGCCGUCUACCAACAUCCUGGACAGAACGUGGCCAGUGGCCCCUUACAGAUGCUUCAACACAGCGAACCAGGAGCUACAGCAGCUCUUCUACCGCUGGAAGUGCAAGAGAUUCCGGGAUCGACUGUCCCCAAAGCAGGUAGAGAUCCUGAAGGAGAAGCUCUGUGCCAGCGAACUGUUCAAGGGCAAGAAGGCUUCCUACCCCCAGAGUGUCCCCAUUCCAUUCUGCGGUGACUACCUUGGGCUGCAAGGGAACCCCAAGCUGCAGAAGCUGAAGGGCGGGGAGGAAGGGCCUGUUCUGAUGGCAGACACUGUGAAGAAGGUCAAUCGUGGCAAUGGCAAGACUUCCUCUCGAAUUCUUCUCUUGACCAAGGGGCAUGUGAUUCUCAUAGACACCAAGAAGUCCCAGGCCAAAACCAUCAUUGGACUAGAUAGUGUGGCCGAGGUGUCAGUCACCAGCUUCAAGGAUGGGCUUUUCAGCUUGCAUCUGAAUGAGAUAUCAUCAGUGGGCUCCAGGGGGGACUUCCUGCUGGUCAGCGAACAUGUGAUUGAACUGCUAACCAAAAUGUACCAGGCUGUGCUGGAUGCCACACAGAGGCAGCUUCUAAUCUCCGUGACUGAGAAGUUCUCAGUGAGGUUCAAGGAGAGUAGUGUGGCUGUCAAGGUCAUCCAGGGCCCUGAGGGUGAUAGGAACGGCAAGCUAAAAUGCAAGAAGAAAGGGAGCCGUUGCCUGGAAGUGACUGUAUAGUGAAGAGGUGGGGGCCUGAUGCAGAGACAGCAGCUUCUCUGGACCUGUGCCAACCCCACCCACCCAUGUUUGCAGGAGGAUCUGAUCGUGGUGUGGGGCUCAGAGAUUGAGGAACCCUUGAAGAGGACCUUUCUUCUCCCAAACUCUUCUGGGCCUCUCUCCCUUAGAACUUAUCCUCCCACCCUCAGCUGCUUUGCCCACUAAUAAAACAAGU